AUGAAGACAAAUACCGUUCGGCUGAUUUAUAAGAUCCGCGAGACCUCGAGAGAGUUGAACUCGAUCAACAUGAAGCUCAAACUCGAGCUGGUGCCGGCCGCUGGUGACAAGCUCGUGCUCAAGCUCUCUCCUCCGCCGCCGCCGCUUGCUGACAAGCAGGCUUGUGCUUUCGCGCACGUGACAAUGCGCUCCCACCUGCAAGACGCGUGCGGCAUCAAGUCCGCCGCCGCCGAGGAGUCCGCCGCCAAGUCCGCCGCCGCCGAGGAGGACGCCGAGUCGGCCACCGCGGAGGCGACCGCCGAGGAGGCCGCCACCAAGAAGGCGACCACCGAGGAGGCCGCCGCCAAGAAGGCGACCGCCGAGGAGGCCGCCGCCAAGUCCGCCACCGAGGAGGAGUCCGAGGAGGCAGCCACCGAGGAGUCCGCGGCCGAGGAGUCCGCGUGCGGCGUCAAGGACGACGUCGUGAAGGAGGACGACGUCGAGGGCGAGUCUUCGCCGAUGAAGUCCUUCGCGAAGGUCGGAAUCGUGCCGGCUGACGACGGCCGCAUCACGCUCGUCAUCUCCGCGUCGGAGUCGCCUUCGCUCCUCGGAGCCAAGGCGUGCGGCGUCAACAACGUCAACAUCACCGUCGCAAAGUCUGCCACGGAGGACGUCCUCAAGAAGGACCCGGCCGCGGAAAAGGCGCCCGACGCGGGCGCGUUCGACUCGGACAAGGCCAAGGCCAUGUUCGCCGCCCACGCGCCCGCCGUUUUCUGGUCCAAGUUUGAGCGCCCGACCGUCGUGGGCGCCCUCAAGAAGGCUGCGGCAAAGUCUGGCGCGGAGGCCUCCGUUGACGAGACCGGCGUCAUCAAGAACGACCCGGCGCUCAAGCCGGUCAUCAAGAUCGACACGGCUCUCAAGAAGGCGGCGGUUUGCGGCGAGGCGCUGCCGUCGGUCGACGCCGACUGGAACGUCUCGACCAAGGAGUUUCCAGAGCAGGAGACGGCCGCCCCGGCGGUGAGCACCCCCCAGCAGAAGCACACGCGGGUCAUCGACGGGUGGAAGACCGCCUCCCCGCUCCGCAAGAUCGAGCGCAAGGGCGAGCCCAACCUGAUCGACCGCUCCAAGAAGACCACCAAGAACCCCACCCCGAUCGGCCGCGUCGACCCCAACGGGUUGGGCGAGCCCAACCUGGUCGACUGCUCCAAGAGCACCACCCCGACCGACCCACCAACGGCCCCCAACGGCGUCACCACGAACGCCCCGGCCCUCACGCCGGUGGCGACCGGCGGCGCGCCGCUGCCGUCGAUCGAGGAGGGCGACGCCGACUGGACCGUCUCGGCCAAGGAGUCUCCGCCAGCGGAGAAGCCCGCCCCGGCGGGCAUCUCCGACUGGACCACCCCGUCGAACCCGCGCCGCAAGAAGGGGCGCAAGGGCGCGUCCGCCCCGAUCGUCCGCACCAAGAGCAUCGCCCCGGUCGGCGGCAACAACCGGUUCGGGGCCCUGCUCGGAACGAACGGCAACGAGGGCAUCCUCGGUGGCACCGGCAAGGUGACCGGCGGCUCCACGCCGCCGACCACAGACUCGGGCGCGACGGCCAACGUCGAGACGACCACGAUUACCACGCCGGAGGGCUCCGUCUCUGCCUCCGGCUGGUUCUCUUGGCCCAAGUUCUGCCCGACUUACUUGCUCCGCCUCUUUGGCAUCCUCGCGCUGCUCUGCCUCGGAACCGCGUUUGCGCUCUCCUCGUACUCUGCCACCUCCGCGCUUCUCUCCUCGCAGUGGCACGAGUCCCCGACUUCCUUUCCCGCAGUCACAACGCCGUUCACGCCGGCAUCGCUCAACGGCGUCUGCGAGAUUGGCGGCGACGACACCAGCUCGUGUGCAGCCAUCGCCUCUUCGGACAGCGUGCCCGCCGACCACCCGGUGCUUGCUCGCUCGCGCUUGCUAGUACCCGCACCGCGCCAGCUCGUGACCCACAGCCCGCGCGCUGUUGAGGGCGGGCACGAGGAGGGGCGCUUGGCCGGCGAGGCGCGGUGCGCCGGCAACGAGCGCGGAGCCAAACAGGCGUCUCGCCUUUUGGAGGAGGCGGGCUCGGACGAGACGCUGUUCCAGACCGGCGCGAGCGGCCUCGUGCGCGCCAUCGUCGACGACGCCGCCACUCGUGGCCAGCCCUCCCUCCGCGAGUGGUGGUGCUGCUGCGCUUGUGCGGCGGUACUGCUUCUCCAAGCGUGCGGCGCCUGCUGGCUGCUGCGCUCCGGUGCAGCCUCCGGGCAGCGAGCGAGCAAGGCGGUCCGUCCUCGGCUGAGCAAGAGUCGCAGCUCGGUGGCCUUGCUGCUGCUGAUCUCCGCCCUUCCCGUGGCUGGGUCUGGCGAGGCCUCAUGGGAUUAUAAGGGCGUAGGCUGGUGCACCGACGCCAACAAUGGCGAGGGCACCGCCCGCAAAUUCGUCGUGUACCAAUCGCUUGCCAGUGCAAAGGAAGCGUGCUUCAACGAUUUCGCAUGCGUGGCCAUCGCGUUUCGCACCGAACCUGGUUACGCCUCGGCCGUGUACACCAGCACCGGCUGCACCGACGACUGCACCCGCACCGAGUGGUUGGAGGACCGCUCGCUUAUCGUUGGCAGCUCUGGCUGGUGCACCGACGCCAACAAUGGCGAGGGCACCGCCCGCAAAUUCGUCGUGUACCAAUCGCUUGCCAGUGCAAAGGAAGCGUGCUUCAACGAUUUCGCAUGCGUGGCCAUCGCGUUUCGCACCGAACCUGGUUACGCCUCGGUCGUGUACACCAGCACCGGCUGCACCGACGACUGCACCCGCACCGAGUGGUUGGAGGACCGCUCGCUUAUCGUUGGCAGCUCUGGUGACAGCCGUUACGAGUGCUACGUGAGCUGGGACCUCUGGUGCGGCGGUACGGUCGUCCUCUCGUCGGCGCCCUACGCGAGCGGAGAGCCUUUCCAGGCCGAGUACGGCGUCUCCCUCUCGCCCGGCGUCGAGUGCGAGCUCGUCAUGAAGGACUCGUACGGCGACGGCUGGAACGGCGCUAGCUGGUCGGGCCUCGGGCAAGAGGGCCUCACCGUUGCCUCUGGCGCUGCCCUCGACAACGUCGAGUACGUCGCUGCUGGCUACACCGCCUCGGGAGCGCCGUACUACCGCGCCUCGACGUCCUCGUUUAGCUACCUCUACUGGGACCCCGACUGCAAUGGCAACGGAUUUGGAGCGAACUGGAUCGUGGACGCUGAUCAGCCGAGCACCACGGCGUCGAGCGACCUCGAUGGCGACGGAAGCUGCAACUUCAGAGCCUACAUCAACUCCUACUCCUCCUCGCCGCCGCUCGGCACGACGACCUGGACGGCCGAGAACCGCAACGCGAUCGUCUUCAUCCCGCCGGGCGCCCGCCUUGCCUUUAGCAGCAAUGUCGGGUGCAGCGACGAGAUGCACAUCUCGGUCCGGAGCAGCGGGGAGGGCGCAACGCUCGACGGCAAGAAGAGCUCCCGUAUGUUCGACAUCUCGGGUGGCUGCAGCCUCUACCUGGAGGCGCUGCACUUUGUGGACGGGCGUGGUGAUAGAGGCGGUGCGGUGCGCGCGUCUGGCGCUGGCGAUAUUGCGAUGAAGGACGUGUCCUUCACGGGCUGCGAGGCUGACCUGUACGGAGGAGGUAUGCUCGUGUACGGCAGCGGCGACGUCUCGCUGGAGGGCGCCAGCUUCAGCGAGUGCACGGCUGGCAAUUACGGAGGAGGUAUGAGCGUGGAGAGCAGCGGCGACGUCUCGCUGGAUGGCGCCAGCUUCAGCGAGUGCACGGCUGGCGAGAAAGGAGGAGGUAUGUUCGUGUACCAGAACAGCGGCGACGUCUCGCUGGAAGGCGCCAGCUUCAGCAAGUGCACGGCUGAUUGGGGAGGAGGUAUGCUCGUGAAGAACAGCGGCGACGUCUCGCUGGAGAGGGCCAGCUUCAGCGAGUGCACGGCUGGCGUGCACGGAGGAGGUGUGUACGUGGAGAACAGCGGUGGCGUCUCGCUGGAUGGCGCCAGCUUCAGCGAGUGCACGGCUGCCUGGCACGGAGGAGGUAUGCACGUGAUUCGCAGCGGCGACGUCUCGCUGGAGAGGGCAAGCUUCAGCGAGUGCACGGCUGCCGAGUGGGGAGGAGGUAUGUCCGUGUGGAGCAGCGGCGACCUCUCGCUGGAUGGCGCCAGCUUCAGCGAGUGCACGGCUGGCUGGUCCGGAGGAGGUAUGCGCGUGGAGAACAGCGGCGACGUCUCGCUGGAGAGCGCCAGCUUUGUCGAGUGCACGAGUGGCUCACAAGCGGCUCUUUAUCUCAAUGGCAUCGAGCGCCUAGCUCUCACCAACUCGCAGUUUGUCGACAACAUGGCGGAGGCAUCCCCCGCUGCACUCUUCUUCGCCUCCAGCGUCGGUGCCACCGAUUCGCUCCUCCGCAACACGACCUUCUCCGGCAACUCUGCGCCAGGAGACAUCACCAUCCUCGCCGCCUCGCCUCUAACGUGGGACUGCCCGCUCGGCUACUGGAUGCCGAACGUCGGCCAGCUCUUUGGCGACCUGUCCGGCUGCAACAGGCUCUGCGCGGAGGAGUGCCGCGCCUUUGGAGGGGAUGGCCAGGCGGGCCAGGCGCGGUGUGUCGGCAAUGUUGAUCCGGGAGAGGCUAGCGGUCGGAGGGCGCAGGAGGCCGGCUUGGACUACUGCGCAGACGCCUUCGCCGGCCCCGAGUGCCAGCUCUGCCGCGAGCCGAACCACUACCUGGACGCCGACGGCGCCGCCUGCAACAAGUGCGUCGCUGUCGGCACGGCGGCGGGGCACAUGGCGGGCAUCGCCCUCGGCCUCUGCGUCGCGUUUGGCCUCGUGGCGUUGGCGUACUCAGUUCAGCGCGGGCAAACCGAGUGGAGGAAGGAGCGCUUCAUCGGACUUCCCUUGCGCAUCGCCGACCGCACCGGUGACGCGAUUUACAAAAUCGGCCUCAUCCCCAAGUUCAAGAUCUUGUUUGGCUUCUACCAGGUCUGCCUCGUCCUCUCCACCACCUACUCGGCGCGGCUGCCGGAACGGUACACGGGCUGGACGGAGGCGCUGGCCGAAGCCGUCUUCAUCGACUGGUCGGGCAUCGUGCUGCCGGUGCAGUGCCUGGCGCACACGUCCCGGCUCGUCGCCGUCGCGAUCUCUCCCAUCGGCGUCAUCGCACUGCUCCUCUUUGCUGGCAUUGUCUUGCGGCUCUGUGCUCGCUGGCGGCGUGCUCGGCGAGGGGCUGGCUGCGAGAGCGGCUCCGAGGUCGACGGCGCGACAAGCAACGUUCUCGAUGCGGCGGUCUUUUCAUGGCCAGCAGAGGUGGCGCUCGGCGUCCUCGACCUCACGCCGGCGGGUUUCGUGCUCAUCUUUCUCUUCGCGCCGUCUGUGAGCGCCACGGUCUUGCGCGCGUGGUCGUGCCAGGCCAAGUCGCCGAACGCGCUGACGAAGGCCACCGCCUUCCUUCACCGGGAGUACAAAAGGAACUGGUACUGGUGGGAGGCGGCCGAUCUGGCCCGCAAGCUCUUUCUGACGGGCUUCGUGCUGCUGGUUGCCGAGGAGGAGGACUCCUUUGUUCGUCUCGUCGUGGCGGUGCUCGUGUGUUCGUGCUACGCCGUCGCGAUCGCCCUGGUCCAGCCCUACAAGCGGUUCGAGGACAACAUCCUCGCCGUGGCCACCAGCCUCGUCCUCCUCCUCCUCUUCCUCGGUGCCAGCUGGACCACCAUCUUCCUCAACAUCGAGUUGCGAUUCCCCGGGGACGAGCCGGGGCAGUCGGCCUCCGCCGUCCUCGGCUUCAGGUCCGAGAAUGGACUGGUGAACUGGAUGCUCGUCCUUGCUGCGGCUGCGCUCCUGAUCUUCCUCGUGGGUACCAUCAUCGCCAUCCGCCGCCUUGCCAAGGUCCCCACGAUUCGCCUCGUCUCAACCAAGCAGCCCCCCGAGCUGGCUCUGGUGGACGGCCUCACGUGGCACCUCUUCCUCUCGCACAUCUGGUCCACCGGCCAAGACGCCGUCGCGGUCAUCAAGAAUGAGCUUAAGCUCUUGAUCCCCGGCAUCAAGAUCUUCCUCGAUGUGGACGAUUUGAAGGACAUCGGGUCGCUGGAGGAUUACGUUGACCGCACGCAGAACUGCCUGCGCGAGAUUCAGACGUCGCUCGAGAAGAGGAAGCCGCUCGUCCUCGUGCAAGAGGCGGACCCGGCCAAGGGCGGCGGGACGCUGCAGGCGCUCCCCGCCCGCCCCCAGCUCGAUGACCCUGCGGGGAGUGCGAUUGCUCUCGCCACACACGGCUCUGAGGGGCGGGGGUGGGCGCAGACGACGUGGCACCGCAUCGACGAGUAUCAGCGUGUCUCGCUUAAGAUCAUCUCCGAGGCGCUCCUCCUCAGCUCGCCAAACUACUCGAGCCUGACCUCCCUCCCGCUCUUCAUCCCGGGCGAGGUCCAGGGCCAGCCGAUCUCCUUCUCCAAGUCCGUCGUGCUCUGGGCCUCGCCGUUCGAUGAGGGCGCAGACGAGCUGGCCACCAAGCUCGCCACCAAUUUCUCCGGUCUCACCGUCUCCACCGCCGAGGAGGCGGGCGACGCCACGCACAUGCUUCUCUAUCUGAACGCCGACACCUGGUCCGACGAGAGGCUGGCCGAGCAG